UUACGGGGUUAUAUUGGGGAGCCAGCUUCGAUGUAAAAUGCGGCUGUCAGAGAGAAGUCAAAAUGGCGGACGAUUUAGGUGACGAGUGGUGGUUGAAAGGCGAUAAUGCACCACGUGAUGAAAAGUCCAGCGAUUCAGCAGAUGAAACUCCAAGCCAGCCUGACAAGAAGAUUCAGGGUGUAAAGAGGAAAAAGGCAAAGAAACGAAAAGCCAAUGAUCCGGGUGUCAAAACAGAUGAAAUAAAUGGAAAGAAAAAACUAAAAACAGCUCCUAAAAUUGAAGAAACACUCGUAAAAUCUGACGAGGAGAAACCAAAGAAGAAAAAGAAGAAAAAGCGUGCUAGGAAAAGGAUCUCAGAAGAAAUAUCAGGCAAAACAUUAAAUCCAGCUGUUAAAGACGAUUUUCUGCAAUUAUUGAAGUCAACAUAUGAGGGAAAACUGUCAGCAGUUGAAUGGGAUGAAAUCCAUUUAGAAGCUGCAGACUUUCUUGUGAGCAACCCUUCCUCAGAUGGGUCGGCACCAUGUAAUUACCUGGAGUCUGUGGUGCCAAACUGGCCCGGUAUGGUGGCAAGUGCUGGCCUGAAGCCAGGGACUCCAUUCAUGUUGAUCAUUGCCAGCUCAGGGGUGAGAGCUGUAGAACUCAACAGGGAUAUUCAGAAAUUCAAGGGCAAAGAUUGUAAAUGUGCAAAACUGUUUGCCAAACAUUUUAAGUUAGCUGAACAAGUAGAGUUUUUGGCGAAGAAAGUCUGUCAUCUCGGCAUCGGCACACCAAAUAGAAUCGGUGCAUUGAUAAAGUCAGGCUCAUUAAAACUGGACAAUUUGAGGUAUGUGAUCGUAGAUUGGAACUGGCGGGACAUCAAGUUUAAGAGAAUUACAGACAUUCCUGAAGUGAAGAAAGACUUUUUGGAACUGUGCAAGACACACCUGAUUCCACACAUACGAGACAGUUCUUGUAAGAUUGGGAUUCUCUGAUGAAACAGCUAUAAUAAUGGACAGGCUCUUGUUGAAGAAACCAAGGUUGAUACUGAAACAAUGACAGAAUGUUCCCUUCUUCACUUGACACUGAAAUAAGAUGUUCUCUAGCAGGGAUGUUUUGUACAGAAGUAUAUGAUGAAUGGGACUUUAGUUCACAUGGAGGUGAAUUUGAAAAUUUGUUUACUGGAAAAUGAAACUUUCUCAGACAUUGUGAACUGUUUAGCUCUCUUCAAGAUUUCCACAGAUACUGCGAUGUUGUUAUUGGAAGUAUAGGGAUGUUUUUCAUCAUAUCAUGAUGUUUUAUUGGUUAUGUUUGUGUAUAUUUAAAAAUUAUGGAUUUCCAACACAAUAUGUUAACUGAUUCAUAAUCAUUAUUACAAUUUACUGCCAAUAAAUAUUUUGCAUCUUUUAGAACUAA